AGUUGAACAGUGCACUAUGGAAACGACUGAGUAGUUUGUCCCCGGCGACAUCUAUUCGGGUACUAGUGCCAAAAUACUAUGGCAGACGCGUAUCAUAUCACAGAAAGUGAGUGCCCUUCCAAGGCCUUUCGCCUGGCUGAGUCACCAAUGCGUGGGUCGAAUAUGGUACGUGAGCGAGCCACUCUCUUCUCCUGCUUUGCUCCCUCCUCCCCCUCAAGUCCAUCAUCCUCCUCUUCCUAGUUGUGCAUCCACCUCCUAUCCUCAAACUCACAAUUUCUAGUGAUCCACACCAGUACAGCCGGGACUUUUCCUUAGGGCAGAAAUUUCGACGGGAAAGUGCCAGCCUUCUCAACAACUCUUUAUCUCCCAAUCCUCUUUCUCCUUCCCUCGGGAGUUUCGUCGGUCUCCUGUUUUUGGCCUCGUUGCGGCUCUGCCAUUACGCCCUCCUCGGCUGCUGGGAAACAGUGCUUUCUCUGACGACAUCCCCUGAGGAUGCAAGAAAUAAUUUCCAACAUGGAUAACCCAAAGCCCAGACCUCCGGAAGGGACUUGGGAUACGGUUUGCUCCCUCCUAUCUUGACAUCUUGGUUGGCACCUGACUAAUUGCUCACCUCAAGUUGUUUCUGGAGGAUACAUGUUACCUCAAGGAAUUACCGAAGCUCGUGGGUAUUAUUUCCGUAUGUCCCUACUACUCCCAGUGGUUCAUGAGUACCCAACUAUCCCGCAACGCUGGCUAUACUAAUGCUCCCUCUAGAAAACAUGGCAUGAGCCCGACGACGAGUGGGAUGAUGAGCCGGAUUUCAUUCCUGGCAGUAUUGCUACAGAGAAUGAUAUGAUUAGUCUUUUAGGAACUGGCCAGGUUUGUGCUUGCCCUAUUAAAACUUGCCGCGCUAACAAAAACCCUAAUUUGCUGUCUAGCCUCCCCGCCACUUUGCCGUUUUUGAGCCAUUGACACCGUUUCAUAGGAGCAGGCUUGUGCAUGAGUCUGAGGUGAAAGUUGUCGACCGGGCGCUUGCAUUCGGAGAUGUUGUAAAACGGAAUCUCAAGUCUCCCAUGUCUGGGACUGUGAUUUCGGUUUCGAGCCAAGUCAGUGUACAACAUUCAUUCCAGAUCGCUUCAGACCCGACUGUUAUUAUUACCGGUAUCCCCGGAGUCGAGCUUCGUCUCGCGCAUGAGUGGAACGAUGGCGAUCUUGUGGUCUAUAAGGGCUGCUGGGUCGGUAUUGUCGAGGAGGUAGUUGAUGAGGUUGUUAUUCGUUUGGAGAAUGGAAGCGUGGUGGUGCCCCAAGAUUCCACUGAAUUGGAGAUUCCAAUUUUGAAUCGGGAAGAGGAAGCUGCAAUCCGGAGUAUUUCGUCGCCGGAUAGUGCUGAUGUGACUGAUCCAUCUGGUGAGCGCCCACCGUCGGGUUUCUCUCAACGCGCAGGAACGAUACCGGCGCCGGCUCUUCUCUCUCCCGGCUUCGCUGUGACUACGUCAAAGGCAAAUAUUCGUAGGGGGAAAUGGCUGUAUGGUGCUUAUGAUCCGAAUGUCCCUCCCACUGGAGUCAUCGUUGCUGUAAAGACAACAAAGCUUGGUGUACGCUGGCUCCGUCAGAACUCAAUGGUUACUGGUCGCUUUAUACCGGUGGAACGACCGAGUACGUGGCUGGAGCUUGGAGAGGGGCUACCAGAACUCAAGAGAUUCUGUAGAUCAACGGGCGGAUUUGCUAGUUUGGACGGAACACCGUAUGCUGCCAGUAGCGGGGCUACCGAUGGUGGUGUUCACCAGGUCGGAGACAGGGUUCGAUUUAAGGAUUUACCUCGUGCUGUCAUAAAGUACCCUGGAGUAAAAAACAUCUCGAGAAGUGAGGCGAUGGGGUUUGAUAUAAAUACCUUUGGGAUAGUUUCCACAUUAACGCGUGUCAGGGUGCUUUGGCAGGACAUGACGGAGACGGUCCACAAUGCCAGGGAUUUGGUACCCUAUCUUGGCGUUGAUGAACAGGAAGUUUGGCCCGGAGAAAUCGUUGUGUUAAAACUUGACAGUGGUGACUCACCCAGAUAUUCGGACUCCUCUACCCCAGGAAUUGUUUCCCCCUCCGCUGAUGCCCAGAAGAAGGACAAGGUCGGGGUUGUGCAAAGUGUAAACUCUCAGAAGCGAGUGGCAAAUGUCAAAUGGUUCGGGAAUCCUGUUGAAUUCAAUGGCGGCUCCGUGACUCCGGGAUUUAAGACUGGGGAACUCGGAGGUGAAACAGAAGAUGUUAGUGUUUACGAAGUGAUGGGCCUUGAGGCACUCUCUGUGAGAAGGGGCGAUUUUGUAUCCAUUUCCCCGGACAAUAAUUCAAGUUCUAACUCUGGGAUUGGUGCCGCCCCUGCCGGGGGUGGUGCGGCGGAUCGGAAUGCGCAUGGUCAAAUUCACCCUCUGAGGCUCGGAGAUACAGACCGGACGCGACUAGAGGGAGCGGAUACGUUGAAUAGCGAUAUUCCGAUCAAUGCGUUGGACAAUAAUCUACUGAUGAACUUGAGCGCAGCAUUGGGUGCUAGUAGCGAUCCUCAAUUGCAGGAAUUUGGUCGCCAGCUGAACCAAAUACCUUUCAAUAGCCCUGCUCAAUAUCCGCAACGUUCACCUGUGCCACAACACUCAUCUCGACCUCGGACACCUUGUGAGGAAGCUUAUCUAACACAGCCUAUUGAUUGGCUUGGCGAGGUUGUUGAUAUUGGUGUGGAUGGUUUGGUUACUGUACGACUUGGAGCAUUGGAGGUUCCUAGGAACAUCAGAGUUUCGGUUGACCGACUUUUCAUUGUAUUCAAUGACGAUAUGGAUUUUGAUGAUAUCUCGGAAGAGGAGACAGACGACCCGGAUGAUGACCGAAGUUCUGAAGAGGGGUCAGAUUCAAGUAGUGAUUCGAGCGCUAUUGCCAGUUCCCGGUCUCCUUUUGGCGUCAGUCCCCGGACUCCUAUUGCGGAGAGUAUUUGCUAUGAAGGCGGCGAGCGUCUUGGCAAUAGGGAGGAGGAAGACUGGCCUAUGGGUGAUGGCAUGGAGGUGAACGGUGGUUCCUCUGUUGUCGAGAUGGAUACUUCUGCAGAUGAUGGUGUCCGAGCGGCCACAAUGGAGCACGGAAUGGAAGCAGACAGAAUAGAGGCGGGCAAGGGAAUCGAGGCCGCAAAGGAUGUGGCUACUCAGACCUCUCCUCAACACGCCUCAUUUCUACCCAACAAUACUCUGGCCCUGGAGGCGCUCUCAAUGCUAGAGACUUCCGAACAACCUCCCCGGUUUGCCAUUUUAGAUACCCCGGCUCCUUCUGAUCACACAUUUGUAGACAAGUGUUGUGCAACACUCCUAGAGCCGGCGUUUCUCCGGCGACUGCACAAGGAGCAUCAGAUUCUUUCAACAUCCCUCCCACCUGGGAUCAUGGUCAGGGGAUGGGAGUCGCGUCUUGACCUUUUACGUGUGCUUAUAAUCGGUCCUACGAAUACCCCGUACGAACUCGCGCCAUUCUUCUUUGAUUUCUACUUUCCGGAUACAUUUCCGCAAUCUCCGCCUAUCGCACAUUUUCACAGUUGGACUGGGGGUAUUGGAAAGAUUAAUCCAAAUCUGUACGAAGAUGGAAAGGUUUGCCUGAGUCUUUUGGGAACAUGGCAUGCAGAGCAGAAGAAUGAGGCGUGGUCAGCAGGGGGUAGUACUGUCUUGCAGGUGCUUGUUAGUUUGAUGGGAUUGGUACUUGUUCGAGAGCCGUAUUACAGUAAGUUAUCUUCUCCUUUUUUUCUUUUAACCCCCGCAAGGCUAUUAUUGCGAUCUGAGUGCAUUUGGCUUGGGCGGGGAGUUGCACUCCUGGGGUGAACCAUGGCUCCGAUGAGGAAAGAGCCAUGCUACCUUAUAAGCAACUCUGACCUUAGCAAAAAAAAUUUCUUUCUCCUUUUGACCCUGCUUCUUGUAUUCAACCACGAGCUAACCUAACCGUGGACACUAGACGAAGCAGGCUUUGGAGUCUUGGCGGGGGCCGACGAAGUAUCUCUGGCCUCAGCCCUGUAUUCUGAGAAAGCUUAUAUCCUCUCUCGCGGCUUUGUGAAGCACGUUCUAGAAACGCCUAUGCCCGGAUUUGAAGACGAGAUCAAGUGGCUGUACCUUCCCCAUCAGAAAGGCGGCCUAAAUCUCCUUGAGAUGGUAAUUAGCUUUGCCAAAGAGGUUAUUAAGUGCUCUGAAUCUGAAGAACCCAGCGCUAGAGGGGAAGCGGGGGAGGUGACGGCCGGGGAGAGAGUUGGCGUUACGGCUGGAGCGCUAAUUCCGCUCAAGCGGAACUUGCACGCUCUUGAGAGGAUCCUGGAGAGGGUUAGUCGCUGCCUGUAG